UACUGGAGACCCACGAAUUUGCAAUUUCCCAUACUUUUGCGACUUCCUCGCUUCUUACAACAUUCACAUUUUUUAUAAACUUAUCAAUUGCGUCGUUUUCGAACGGUUUACGCGUUUUAUACAAAUCUGGUAAAUUUUCAAGGUGAAAAUAAAUUUGUUCGUGGACACUCCUAACCUCACUUUCGGUGGAUGUUAACCUUGUUAGUAAAUAAUACGUUGAAAACAUAAAUAUUACAAUUAUUGUGAUACUAAUACAUGAUAAUUUCCUUCUGCGUAUCAUUUAAAAUCAAAAUUGGGAUUUUUUGGCGCCAGAUUUUUAACGAGUUCUGCACUUUUGAGGUUAGAAACGCGACGAAGGGAACAUUAAAAAUGACUAAAGUACGUAAAUUUAUUGAUAUUGGGGCUAAUUUGACGGAUCUCAUGUAUUCAGGGGUCUAUAAUGGGGCUACAAAGCACUCAGCAGAUUUAGAGCAAGUUUUGAAGCGAAGUUGGGACGCUGGUUUAGAAAAAAUCAUCAUUACUGGGGGGAACUUGGAGGAGAGUCAGAAGGCAUUAAAAAUAGCCGAAACUGACGAGCGGUUAUUCACCACAGUUGGGGUCCACCCGACUAGAUGUCUCGAGUUUGAAGCCGACCCUUCACACUACUUGACUCAAUUGAGACAAACGAUUGAAAAUGGGGGUAAAAAAGUCGUAGCUAUUGGCGAAUGUGGUUUGGACUAUGACCGACUCCAAUUCUGCCCCAAAGACGUGCAAAAAAAAUUCUUUGAAAUGCAACUCGACUUGACUAAAACCUCAAACCUGCCUUUGUUUCUUCACUGCCGGAACGCCGCUGAAGACUUGGCUGAAAUUCUGGGGAAGUACCCGAACUUGCGGGGGGUCGUCCACUCCUUUGAUGGCACGAUUGGCGAAGCCCGGCGUUUCCUUGACAUGAAUUUCUUCAUAGGCUUAAAUGGAUGUUCUCUGAAAACGAAGGAAAACCUCGAGACUGUUUCACUGCUCCCCAGUGACAAAAUCCUGAUUGAAACCGACUGCCCUUGGUGUGAAAUAAGACCCACCCAUGCUGGAUAUUCCUUUAUUUCCAAAGAAAAUUUAGUAACAAACAGCGUCAAAAAAGAAAAGUGGAAAAUCGACUGUUUGGUUAAGGGUCGGAAUGAACCGUGUAACAUAAGACAAGUUCUCGACGUUAUUGCUGUGGUUAAAAAAGAAAACCCUGACACUUUAUCUAAACUCAUUUACGAAAAUACACUCAAAUUUUUCUUUCCUGAUGCAAUCAACACACCACUGUAACAAUCAUUCCUGUAUGAGGAAUGUUUUUGUAAAAUAAAUAUAAUGGGAUAAA